AUGCAAAGCACACAGCCUCCAAUCGACACUGCCUCGCGCAGGGGAAGUGGCACAUUACAUGAUGACAACAAGAAGGAUUCUACAUGCAUCGACAAUGUCAGCCAUGCCGAAGCUCCAGUCGUCAUGUACGAUCGCCAAAUCGAGAGCAAGAUUCGGAUGAAAAUUGAUCUUUGCAUCAUCCCUCUGGCUGCUCUGAUUUUCCUCCUCUGCUUUAUCGACCGAGCUAACAUUGGAAACGCUCGUCUCGCUGGGCUUGAGAAGGAUCUCAAUAUGGCCGGCUACGACUUCAACUCGGUCAAUAGUGUUUUCUACGUAUCUUACAUGCUCUUUGAAAUCCCCGCCACCAUGCUUUGUAAAGUUAUUGGUCCGGGCUGGGCUUUACCUGGCAUGACAAUCAUGUUUGGACUGCUCACAGUUGCCAGCGCCUACGUCAACAAUUACUCGCAACUGGCGGCUUGUCGCUUCUUUCUGGGCGUUUUCGAAGCUGGUAUCAUGCCAGGACUCUCCUAUUAUCUUUCUCGAUUUUAUCGACACUCGGAGCUUACAUUCCGUCUGUCGCUCUACAUAGUGAUGGCUCCUCUUUCUGGUGCUUUCGGCGGUCUUCUGGCCUCGGCCAUUCUCAAACUCCGAGGCUUUGGAUCACGCAUUCCUGCAGGGUCCUGGCGUGCCAUUUUUGCUGUGGAAGGCAUCGCCACAGCAGUUGUCGGCGUCGCAGCUCUGGCAUUGCUGGCGGAUCGUCCAGAAAGCGCCCGCUUCUUGACACCUGAGGAGCGUGAGAUCGCUGUCAAUCGUGUAAAGGGAGAGCGAAUCGGCGCAACCGUGGUUCUGGACAAGUUGAGCAAGGACAAGAUUCUCAAGGGCGCCAUUAGCCCCGUCACUGCGGCAACAUCCAUCUGCUUCAUGUUCUGCGCCUUGUCCAUUCAAGGCCUUGUCCUCUUCGCGCCUACUAUUGUCAGGUCUAUCUAUCCCGACGCCACCGUCACCCACCAACAGCUUCUGACUGUCCCUCCUUACGCAUUUGGCGCCGUCUGUCUUCUGGCUGUCGGAUUCUCGAGCUGGAAACUAAACAGACGUCAGAUCUUCAUGAUCGCCUACGACGGCUCGGUACGCCGCAGUCUCCUCAUGGCCAGCACCUCCUUCAUCCUCGGCCCUCUCUGCCAUGCGCAGGCGAGCGCCAACGUCAGCUCCGACAGUGCCAGGAAUAUGUCUAUUGGCAUUUGCAUGUUCUUCGGCAAUGUCGGAAAUCUGGUCUCUUCCUGGACAUUCCUGCCGAACGACGCACCAAACUACCCCAUUGGCUGUGGACUCAACCUCGCGACUUCCACUAUUAUUCUGCUGACUGCCACGUCGGCUUGGUUCUGGAUGCGCUGGGAUAACGCCAAGAGGGAUCAGAAAAACACGGAUGCUGAACUAGCAGCGAUCCCGCCCGAAGAAGCACAGCAGCUCGAGUGGAAGCACCCUGCGUUCCGCUGGCUGCUAUAA